AGGUUUGUUGGGCGACUUUCAUGGUUAGGCCAUAUCACGAUCGGUAUCGCGGCGACACGACGCGGACCUCGGUCGAGGACGAAGGGCCGCGACUCGCCCUCGUAGGAUCGAUCGUUCCCGGCGCGUCCUCUCGUUCCAAGUCGACGGGACGCGCUAAGAUCGCUAGUUUUUACAGCGGACAGGAAACGGACGGCUACUACGAAGGGACUGCAUCCUCGAUAAGUGCGAAGGGAGACAGAGAUGAAGAAGCAUUUACUCGGCGAGACAACCGUUCGCUCGAGAGAACAGGCGUGAAUAAAACAAGUUUAAGCAAACAUAGAGUACAGCUUGGUUUUCCGUCCAAGCGUAAGAUAACGCGAGGUGCCUUCUGGAAUUUCUGAAAAUCCAGAACUCGAUCGCGACACAACGUUGCGUCCCCGAAAUAUUAAUUGGUCGUCGUGUUAGAUUGUACUUUCUAAUCGGACGUUAACCCACAUUGGAAUGCGCGCGAUUAAGUAAUUGACCGUGAUAAGAAAUUAGCAUGGAGCGGGCAUCGGGUCGGUCCAACGGCUCCGUCUCGAUGUUUAAGCUUCAAUUUACGAUAAUUGUUAUUAUACUCGGUCGCCUGGAUUUUAAUUCGUGCAAAUCGUUCGCGGUGUCGUAACACAAAUUAAGGAAUAAUACGCGACGGCGCAUACAGAG